CUGGGUCUUGGUUCGUUCCUCAAACCGGCCCAAACUUGAGCACAAUUACACCCACUGGCCACAGAGGAGAAGAGAGGAGAGAGAAGCUCUUCUUAUAGCCAUGCUCACGCUCUUCCCUGCUCUUACCCCCCGACUGCGUACUUUUCCCUUCACGAGAAGCAGAACAGUAUUGAGCAAAAUGAGCACAACAAAGCCAUCACUGAAAUUCCCAAAAUUUGUUUCAGUGGAAGGCAGUGAUAUUUUUUCGCGGAGCAAACCAGGUAUCAAGUUUUCUCUCGUCUCUUAUAACAUUUUGGCUCAGGUGUAUGUGAAGAGCUCUUUAUUUCCACACUCUCCACCUCCUUGUCUAAAGUGGAAAGCUCGCUCACGAGCAGUCUUGGCCAUUCUCAAGAAUCUUGAGGCUGACUUUCUCUGCCUUCAGGAAGUCGAUGAGUAUGAUAGCUUUUAUAAAGGAAAUAUGAUGAGCAACGGUUACUCUAGUAUUUAUAUUCAGAGAAGUGGGCAGAAACGUGAUGGAUGUGGAAUUUUUUUUAAGCAUGACAGUGCAGAGUUGAUCUUACAUGAAAAUAUCGAGUACAAUGAUCUUGUGGAUUCAAUUCAGGAUGAAAACCUAGCAUCUGAUGACACAAAAGAUGACAAGCAAGCUAGUAAAAAUGAAUGUGUUGAACCAAAAAAUGAUUCAGCAUUAGAAAGUACCUCUCAGGAUCGUGGAGAUCCAAAUGAUCCUCGGGUUAGACUAAAACGUGACUGUGUUGGUGUUAUGGCUGCAUUCAAACUUAAGGAUUCUUACAGUCACGUGGUUAUCAUCGCCAACACACACAUUUAUUGUUUUUGUUAUAGGGAUCCAGAGUGGGCUGACGUCAAGCUUGCACAGGCUAAAUAUCUUCUAUCGCGUUUAUCUCAAUUUAAGACUCUAGUAUCAGACAGAUUUGAGUGCAAACCUUCUGUAGUUGUGGCUGGUGAUUUCAAUUCAACCCCAGGGGAUAAGGUUUAUGAGUACGUUGUUUCAGGCAACACUACUUCGGCGCCAAUGCCGGAAAGUUUGGACGACCUUCCUAUUCCCUUGUGCAGUGUCUAUGCCAGUACAAGAGGAGAACCAACAUUUACAAAUUGCACGCCGGACUUCACCGAUACACUUGAUUACAUAUUCUAUUCCCCUUCUGACCACGUAAAGCCAGUCAGUAUCCUUGAGCUUCCAGAGUUGGACUCUCCUGAUGUUUCUGGUGGAUUACCAAACUAUAGCUAUCCAAGUGAUCAUUUACCAAUUGGUGCAGAAUUUGAAAUUUCCAGGACAUAAUAUUUCUGAUUCGGCAACAUUACAGAAGAGUUCAGAAUCAAGGUCUAAAAAAAUAAAUAAAUAAAAGUGUUUCUACAAGUUUCUUCAUUUAUUUAUUUUGAUAUUAAUUCAUGGGGGUUUGGGAUAUUUGUAAUUUGUUAGGUGUAGACAUGUUAGCUUGAUAUAUACAUAAUAUUUUGACUAA